CGCGCCCCAGACCUGGCCGCAGGCGCCCUGCAUUCCGGACGGCCGGCGACCCCUGGCGGAGGGAGGCAGGGAAGGUCCCCGACGGCAGGCGACCGAUGGCGGGGGCCGGGGGUCCCCUGCGCCUCCGCGACUGGCUGGUGGCGCAGAUCGAGAGUGGGCGCUACGCGGGGUUGUGCUGGGAGGACGCAGACAAGACCCUCUUCCGUAUCCCCUGGAAGCACGCGGCCCGGCAGGGCUACCGGGCGCAGCAGGACGCGGCGCUCUUCAGGGCCUGGGCCAUACACAAGGGCAAACACCUAGAGGGCAUCGACAAGGAGGACCCCCCCACCUGGAAGACCAGACUCCGCUGUGCUCUCAACAAGAGUGCUGACUUCUGUGAGGUGCGUGAGCGCAGCCAUCGGGACAGCUCCAGCUCCUACAAGGUCUACAGGAUCGUGGCCCACGGUGCCCAUGGCCCAGGUGCCAGAGCUUGUGCUCCCCCUGAAAAGAACAUUCCACGGAAGCAGCAGGAGCCCCCUGGAGAAGUGACUGAGCUGGCCUGCGGGACAGACCAGGAUGAUUCCAGAUCAACCACAGAGGAUAAGGACACCAAGCAAGCCCCCAGGCAGACCCAGCAGGGCUCCCUGCCACCAGCGGCUCGGCUCCCAGUCCCUCUGGCUGACCACAGGUACCAGGCACAGGACCCUACACACCACUGGAGCCCCUUGCUCUCUGAGGACUUCAGCAACCCUGAUUGCUGGCUGCACGUGCGGCUGUUCUACCGCGGGAAGCUGGUGCGCGAAACCACCACGCGCGUGGCCGAGGGCUGCCGCCUGAGCCCCCAGGAGGUCACCGCGGCGGAAGGCCUGCUGGGACCGCCAAGAUGCAUGGCGCAGGUGUGCUUCCCGGAGCCGCCCCCCGGCGCCCGCGUGCUGGAGCGCUUGCUGCGGCACCUGGAGCGGGGCGUGCUGCUGUGGGUGGCCCCCGAGGGCGUGUUCGCCAAGCGCCUGUGCCGGGGCCGCGUGUACUGGCGCGGCCCGCUCGCCCCGCACCGCGCGCAGCCCAACAAACUGGAGCGUGAGCACACCUGCCAGCUGCUGGACACGCUACUCUUCCUCGAGGAACUGCGCGCCCACCUUCAGGACGGUCGCCAGGAGCCCAAGUACCAAAUCCGUCUGUGCUUUGGUGAGGAGUACCCAGGGCCGCCAGACCAGCCGGAGGAGCGGCUCAUCAUGGCCCACGUGGAGCCAGUCUUCGCCAGGGAGCUCUUCCUGCACUGGAAGCGCCACUACAGUGGUGUCCCAGCAGCACCGACGGUGUCCCUCACCUGCUGACACAGCUGAGUCAGCAGUGAAGGGUCACUUGCUCCUCUCCUAUCGUCCCAAGUCAGCCUUCCUCCCGUGGGUGCGGACCCUACUGCAAACCUGCCCAAAUUGCCAGUGGUCUUGGGGCUGCCGCCUACCCAUCGGCCGGUCAGUGGGGACAGUGGAAGCGGAUCCACGCCCUUCAACCUCGCAGCGGCAGAGAUGCAGCCCCCCACCCCUACCCCCCAGCACAGCGCGUGGGCGGAGGCCUUGCAGCUGGGCCUGGGAAGUCAGGAGGAAACCAAACUUGACCUUGAGGUUCUGGAAACAGCAAUUAGGACAGAAACAAAACCUCAUAGCUCGGGGAGAACCCAGCAGGUCUGUGGUGGUAUACUUGAGAGCCCACUUACCUGCAACUGAUGCAUUAUAAGGUUUGCUUAAAGCUGGGUUUACCGAUAAUUAGAUCCUCAGGGAUUAGAGUGAAGCCAGACAGUAACAGAAAUGCCUGGCUUCUGAGGGGCUCUGAGUUUCCAGACCCUUCCUCCCACCUGCCACUAGUCUCUGUUCUUAUGUGGGCAGGAAGGGAUCUCAAAGCAGAAAUUUGGCCUGAACUGGGGACUUGGGGGUUUGAUAACUGAACCACCAAUACCAGUGGAUACUGUGUUUGGAGGAACUGAGGCUGACCCCCAAACACAGCCAUAGGGCAGAAGCUAAGGGCAGAAGCAGGGGUCCAGACCCUCCCCAGGCUCCACUGAUCAUUGUAAACUGCAAGCUGUAGGGAGUCCUUGAGAAUUGGGAGGGCGCCUCUUCAACCACGGUGAAGCCAGCUGACCCUGCCUUGGCGGAAAAGUCACUGUGUCCUGCCCCAGAUAUCAGACCUUGUUUCUGGUUCUGAUUUCUGACUUUUUAAAUAAGGAUUCUCCUACAGAUGGCAACAUAAUGAA